GAGAGCAUGUACCCGAGCUUAGUGGGACUGGCACUCUUCCUCACACUCCACAUGCCUUAGCCAUCUAGUUCUCACAAUGCCUGACAGGUAGCCACUCUCAUCUCACAGCUGAGGAAACGGAGGCCUGGAGAGGCGAAGUGACUUGCCCAAGAUCACACAGCUAGUAGCUGCCAGAGUUGCAAUCUGAACCCACAUGGUCUUGGUUCUGGGAGUUGCCAGGCAAAACCACACCAGACCCUUGCCAUUCCCCCUGGGGCAGAGGGGGGAUUUAAAAGGACAUGCUUUGGGCACAGAUGAACAUGGGCUCAAAUUGAUAGGGAUGCUUCCUAGCUGUGUGUUCCUGAGUAGUUCAAUCCGUCAAUGGCUGCUGAGCACUUAGGAUGUGCUAGGGGCAGGUGUGCAGUGGGGACGGAGACAAUGAGAUGAUGUGCCCUGGGCCAAGCCCCGUGGGAGGCACUGGAGCGAAAAGCCCCAAAAGACAGAGGAUGUUCGUAAAAGAGUCAGGUGGCCCUCGCUGUGCUAGGGGAGCACCCAGAGAGGGAGCACUCUCCCAGCUUGGGGUGGGGACAGGGCAACUCCCUGGAGGAGAUGACAACAUCCAUCAAGGGACGAUGGAGCAGAAAGAGGGGCAGUUCAGGCUCAAGGAACAGAGCAUGAAGAGUGAGAGAGAUGCCGGUGGCUGGGGUGUGGAACUCAAGACGGGAAGAAAGUCUGACAUGUCCUGAAGAAGCAUGAAUGCCAAGCAAAGGACUUGGGAUCUUAUCCUGAGCAGAGGGGUGAUGCAGUCAGACCUGCAUUUUGGAGAGAUCGGGGCAGAGAGCAGUUUGGAGGGGAAGAGAGCAGACAAGAGCAGAGGCACGCAGGCCAGGGAGGAGUUUGCCAUCGUCAGGCAGGGGCGAGGUGGUAAGUGUGGCCAGCGGUGGCUUCAGAAGUUGCCUCAGAGCCUAAAGUGGUCACCAAGCUCAAGCACGGACCGUGUACGUGGGGAUAAGGGGCAGGGAAGCCGAGGCAGCUGCUACAUUUCUGGCUUGUGGGUUGGUGGUGCCACCACCUUGAAUAGGAAAUCCCAGGGGAGAAGCAAGUUUGGGGGCAACAGGGGUGGAGGGUGACAAUGAGUCCACUAUAGAUUCUGAGGGGCACUCUGGUGGUUACUGCCAGUUGCCAACACAACAGCCUUCUGUGCCUUGCUCUUUGCUAACCAAAUCCUGGUUUUGUUGUGGUAGCACUACGCCGGCAGCCCUGUAGACCCUAGAGGAGGGAGGGGAGGGAAGAAAGUGAAGAUAAGAAGUGUAGACAUUGCUCUCAAGAAGCCUGGCUCUGACAGCCAGCAGAUGGGUAGGGUGGGAGCUGGAGGGAAACACAGGUUUGUGAAAAGUGUUUGUAUCCCUACCCACCCCCAUGAUGGGGAGGCGUCCGUGUGCCUAAAUGUGGAUGACAGAAGGAAAGCCAGGCAGGAGAGGCUGGGGACCCAGAGAGAGGGGAGCUAAUGGAGGGUUAGGUCCCAGAGUCAGUGAGAGGGGCAGGCGCUGGGCGUAGGAGGUAGAAUUGGCCUCGGACAGGAUGUGGAACCAUCCUGCAGCUGGAGGGAAGGGACAGAUGAACACUUGGAGACAGGGUGGGAGAUGACGGGGUGUCUGCUUUCCAUCUCUUUGUUUCUGCUGGAGGGGCUGGGGUUGUCUGCAAGGGGAGACUAGUGACCAUCUGGGAUGAUGUCCAUGGAGGGUCAGAGACAGAGCCACCUACGGAAACACGGAGAGGCUGGGGGUGGAACUGAGACCCGAGAAGAGGCUGGAGAUGCUGACCAGGCACAAGUGCUGACCGCACGGUGACGGAGCGCUGCCCAGCAGUGCUCGGGGGUCCACGGCAGGUGAGAAUACAGCCAGCUGGGCUUGCCCCGCAGAUGUCACACCCUGGAAUCUAAGCCCAAGAUGAGGCAAAGGGUAUGCCAGGUGUGGGACAAGCACAGGGAAAAGAGACUAGAGGUUGCAGGGAGUGUGGAAAGAGACGGCUGUUUCAAGGGUAGGAUGAACAUUUCAGAGGUGAGUGAUCCAAGGGAUAGCAGGUCGAGGGUGUAGUCGUGAUGACGGUGACAGUCUUCCAUUCUGCGUGGCUCAGCCGAUGCCAUCACAGCCCCGCCUGCAUCUUGGUUUUCACCGUUCCAGGCAUGCAGACAGCUUCUGCCUGCAACCCCUGUGCUUUGGAGCCAUUCCUUGCCCCUCACCGGUACAACUUGAGGCCAUAGUCUACACCAUCUGCCGGAAGUGUGCAUGCGGGUUGCCCACCAUGGUAGCUGCUCGUCAACAUACCCUCAACUGGCUUCUUCUCAACCCUGUCUCACUUCCCCACGCCCCUGCCUGUGCUUCCUGGAUCACCUCCCAAAUAAGCUGCUUGCCCUUAAACCCUUGUCACAGAGCCCUCCUGCAGAGCAACUCGACCCAAGACAGCAGGCUCAAACCCUCUGGGUAUUAGUUACCUCCUCUGUAAGACAGGGAGUCUAAUGUGCGCCUGUGAAAUUAGAAGGGCGCAAGCACAGGGACGUGAGGCUUCUGGCACCAGGCCCAGCACCCAGCAGGCACUAGGUCAGCGCUCUCUCUCAUACACACAGUGGGUGUUUAAUAAAAGCUCCCGUCCCCUCAGAUGGCCCAGGACAGUGGAACCUUUCUGUAGCUGCCAAUCAAGUCCCACAGGUAAGCCAGUCUCUCAGGCCUGACCAAUCCCGAUGCUCUCUGCUGAACACCUUCCAGGUGGCUUCUCAUGCUGCCAGCAAAGGGCUCCCCGGGGACCUCCUGACACAAGGAUGGGCCAGAGGCAACAUGUGGUCUGGCAGAUGGCCGUCUGAGUUCCUCUGAGGUAAAUAAAAAUCGUGCUUCCUCCCAUGCGCGGAGCCAGGCGCCAGCUAAGACUUCCCGUGCACCAUCUCAUUGUAUCCUCUCAGGGAGUGACGAGCUACUGUCUUUUCCUCUUCACGCUCUGGAGGCUGGGCCUCAGAGAGAUUGGGCGACUUUUCCAGGCUGCUCCCACCCUGCAGGAGAGGCAGAGUCAGGAUUCAGAUCUCGUCAGCAGAGCCCAGCCUCCUCACUGGGAGGCAGGAACAUGCCGUGUUACCCUCAGAUGCCCUGUCCUGGUGUACGCUCUGCACAGAGAAGGAGCUUCGCGAACGAGCCCUGGGCUGAACUGAACCAAAUGGGGCUCCUAGAGGAAGUAGAAAGAUCCUGUUUCCUGUCAGACGCAGAGCCCUUGAGGGCAUUUCUACAGCCUGACUCCUAGCACACAGCCUGGCGCAGAGUGAUGUUCAGGCAGGGUUUGUGGACCAGAUGAGGGAAUAUCUAAGAUUCUUGGCCAGAAUCUCCACCGCGGCCCAGAUCUGUGAUCGCAUUAGGAGGUGCGCACUACUAUCUUCCCAUUCUGUUAUUCCAGCUGCCUUCUUCCGUGAAAAAGACUUUUCCCUCAUCAGCUGUCCACUACCACCUCCUUCACUCUCCCUCUGAGCUAAUCUGAGCAUGUCUGAGGGAUGCUCAUCCCACCGGUCCCACUAAUCAGAGCCUCCCGUCAGCACCCCCCAUGGGCGGGGAUGGGAAAGCCCGUAGCAAACACCCACGACCUGGCUGCAAGACACGUCACCCCGUCCCAUUUCCGUGACAGCCCUGUAGGCAGGGCUGAAUGGCCCCACUGGACAGAUGAGUAAGACUGAGACCCAGAGGAGCUAGAUGACUUGUUCAAGGCCACCUGGCCACCUGGCAAGCUAGAGGCUGAGCUGGAGCGGACGCCAGAUCUGCCGAGCCCCCAAACUCAUGCCCUUUCUCCACCACCAAAUUCCCUUCCCUCCCGAAGUUGCUUCCCUUCCUGAUGCGGUGUGGCCAGUGCAGAUCUCAGAAUGUGUAAACCUGGUGACACUAGAUCCGUCACCUUAGAGUGGAAUGAAGGAAGCACCUGGGGAUCGGCUUACUAAUUCGAGGGGCUGAUGAAUUAUUCAGGUCGCCAUUAACUUAGAGACCUUUUCAGCCUCACCUGUCUUUCCCCUGCUCCAGACCCUCAGAUCCUGGCCUGCCCCGAGCUCUACGGACCUGUGGGGGCCCCGGCGAGGAGAUGCUGGCAGAGCUGGGGUCCUGUCUGCUGCUGGCAGUGGCUCUGCUAGGCCCAGGCCCCGGGGCCCAAGCCAUGACAGGUGUUAAAUGUGGGGGUGUGCUCUCAGCACCUUCCGGAAACUUCUCCAGCCCCAACUUCCCCAGGCUCUACCCCUACAACACAGAGUGCAGCUGGCUGAUUGUGGUGGCCGAGGGUUCCUCUGUGCUGCUCACCUUCCACGCCUUCGACCUGGAGUACCAUGACGCCUGUGGCUUCGACUACCUGGAGGUCUACAACGGCGCCUCAGGAGACAAGGGCAACCUGCUGGGGAGGUUCUGCGGCCGGGUGCCCCCGCCGCCCUUCACCUCCUCCUGGCAUGUCAUGUCCAUCGUCUUCCACUCAGACAAGCACGUGGCCAGCCGCGGCUUUUCUGCUGGCUACCAGAAAGAUGUGUGUGGCGGCGUCCUGACGGGCCUUUCGGGGGUCCUCACCAGCCCCGAGUACCCCGACAGCUACCCCAACAACGUGGAGUGCCGCUGGGUGAUCCGGGCCGCCGGCCCCGCCACUGUCAAGCUGGUGUUCGCGGACUUCCAGAUGGAGGGCAAUGAGGAGUGCACCUAUGACUACGUGGUCGUCCUUGGGGGGCCCGGCCCUGCCCACGGGCAUCACUACUGUGGCAGCACCAGGCCCCCCACCCUCGUGUCGCUGGGCCACGAGCUACAGGUGGUUUUCAAGUCCGACUUUAACAUUGGAGGUCGGGGCUUCAAGGCCUACUACUUCUCAGGAGAAUGCCAGGAAGUGUACACGGCUGUGCGAGGCAACUUCUCCAGUCCACAGUACCCCAGCUCCUACCCUAACAACAUCCACUGCCACUGGACCAUCCGCCUGCCUCCUGGCUACCGGGUCAAGGUGUUCUUUCUGGACCUGGAUCUGGAGGGUCCCAGCAGCCUGACCAGGACCUGCGACUUUGACCAUCUGGCGGCCUUUGAUGGGGCCAGUGAGGAGGCGCCCCUCCUGGGGAAUUGGUGUGGCCACCACCUGCCAGCACCAGUCACCUCAAGUCACAACCAGCUUCUGCUUCUGCUGCACACAGACCGCAGCACCACCCGAAGGGGCUUCUCUGUGGCCUACAUUGGAGUCGUGCCCGUGAACGUGAGCUGCUCCCGCACGGAUUUCCAGAUCCUGAUCUCCGCGCAGGCACUGGCACCGCUGGAGCGGACCAAGGUCUACCUGGGCAGCCGGAGCUGUGCCGCCCAGGAAGUCGGCAGCACCUUCCGGAUCCAGGCCCGCUUCGACACCUGCGGCACAGAGUCUCAGAGGAGGAACAACACGUCGGUGAUCGUCAGCGUGCUGUACAUUGACUUCUCGGCUGGUGGGCAGGAGGACAUCCAUGAGUACGAGGUCCGCUGUGAGCCACGGCGCAAGGAGGCUUCUAUCCACCUGCUGUCUGGCUCCGACUGGCUGGGGCCCUAUGCCGCCACAGCCGAGCAUCUUCAGGAAGCGCCACCCAGGGAUGAGGUGGAGGCCCUGGAGGGCCCUGUGGCCAUGGUGACCCAAGACACCAGUGACAUUGUCUUCCUGGGCCUUUGCAUCCUGGCUGGAGUCCUCAUGGUCAUUGCCAUCGUGGUCCUGAUGCUGCUGUGAGCAGGCAAGGGACCUGGGUUCUGGCUUCCCUGGGAGGCAGCUUGCGGUCCCCAAAACAGGAGCAGACCAGGCUUUAUCGACUUGUUGGCGACCAUGGACAAGUCACUGUCCCUCUCCGAGACUCAGUUUCCUAGGCUCACAGAGCUGGUGUGAGUCUCAGAGAAGAGCACGAAUGGAUAUGAGCUUUGUAAACUAUGUCAUGUUGUGUGUGUGUGCAAUUGUUACUAAUUUGAAAGAUGGCCUGCAGUAGAAAAGAAGACUCCUGUGUGUGUUACUUGGCAUCAUGGAUAGCUGUGGUCACUGGUCACUUGUUCUGUAACUUGCACAAGUGCUUUACCCACUCAGGAUAAAAACAAGGGCAUCUUUUAUUUUUCCAACUAAUGGCUCAUCACAAGCCUUCAUUGGCAGGAAAUUUAGUAACUGUAUAGGGGCCUCCACUCUCUUGAACUGACUCAGGAACCUUGAGGACUUCAUCCACAGCAGGCCAGUCCUGCCUCCAAACUCCAGAAACAGAGAGAAAGGGAGCCGAAACCCCACCUAGUGCUGUCAUCCCAGCCUCCGCCAUGUGGUGUCGCUGUUGGAGGCUGGUCGUGCGCAUCCCAGUGGAUCCUGUCUGAAGAGGUGGCGAUGCCCUGCGAGGUCAGAUCCCUGCAUAAAACACAGGCGGGCCCACACUGUGCUCAGCAGUGAGGCUGGAAGCUGAGGACUGGUGUCUCUUUCAUGUUGGCGUUUUUCCUUAAAUAGAUCGUGAUCCUUGACUGCAAAGCUGACUGAAGUUCCUGUGUCUUUGUCCUCACCCCUGAUGUUGAGUCCAUUGUUUCCCUUCAGAUGAGUUCUCUUUGGAGCCUGUGGACCUUCUCCUGCCAUUGGACUUCACUCAGAGCUACUCCAGCAUCCCCGUGUUUCUCUAAGUUCACACUACGGGGAGCAUGGGUUGGGUUCCUGGUGCUUUCUGGCAUCCUCAAGCAAAUUGGUCCAGUCCCCCCAGAGCUCCAAGUGGAACAGCCUUGUUAAUGAAAAAUAAAGAAAGAAAUAUAGUUGUAAUACACCACUUUCCCCUGCUCACCCGUAUAUUUGCGUAAUGAAUCACUCACAAUCAACAGAAAUCUCCACCUUGACCAUGCUGACCACGGUGCUCAAGUAAGUGAAUUGGAGCCUGAUUAUAGUUCUUUCAACAACCCAACCAACAUCCACUUGUUUCCAGCUUUGUCCCCAUUGUUGUGACCGGCUCCAAGCACCCAGCAGCGAAGAAGUCAAAUGAGAUUUCCUGCCUUUGAGAUGUCUACACCCAGGUGUAGCAGCUUCGGGGAGAGGGAGGCAGACAGUAACUUGCAGAGAAAACGAGAGUGAGAAAAGCCAACAAAGUAAAAAAUUAAGCAAGGGAAAAAGAGUUGCCUGGACAUUAGGAGAACUGGUUCAAGUCCAAGUUCUUCUCAUUAAUUGUGCAAACCUGGGCAAGUCACUUUGAGUCUGUGGGCCUCGAUAUCUCCAUCUGCAAAAUGGGACCACUGUUCAUAGCUUGCUGUAAGAUCGUAGCAACACGAUGAACUAGGGAGGUCUGCCAGGAUAAUGUGCCAGCAGGGGAGUUUUGACUGACACCCCGGGGUGUUGGGAGCAGAGACCCCGUCCUCUUUGUCUCUCACCCACCUUCUCCCUCUCAGAUUUCUCUAGCCACUGAGCUACCUUUGCCAGCCUACAAACCACCUGGGUCUCAGUUUCUCUGGACAAGACUGAUUACAUCCCCCUGCCCCCAAGGUCAGCCUUCCUGCCUGCAAAGCAGGGGUGAUGAUAAAUAACACCCGCUGCAUUGGUUCUGUGUGGGGCCUGAGAUCAUGCAUG